CAGAAGCGAAGGUCUCGACGAAUCCGUGACGCCGACGUGGGUUUGCCUCUGUACUUCUGGAAUCGGAAAGAGGUGUGUCGUGCGGUGCGUGUCCAAUUCUAACCCCUUCCUAUCGACCAUCAUUCUCCCCUCUGCCUGCGUCGUCCUCGCCGCCAUGGACCUUGCGGACGGGCGAGACGACGCCCUCAAUGGAGGCGUCGGCGUCGGCGUCGGCGUGGAGGAGACAAGGAGGAGGAGGAAGGUGGAGCUGGUGCAGGAGGCCAUCCGUGGCUUCCUGGAGGAGAAGAGGAGCGAUGGCCAGGGAGGAGGAGAGGAGCGCUUGACGGCCAGGCUCAGGGAGGAGGAGCAGGAGCUCCUGUUGUCGUUGCUCUCCAAGUUGGGCGAGCUAAAAACCGACCCCGAUCCAGACAUCUUGGAAGAACCGAGCUCCUCCCGCCCGGACCACGGCCACCAGCCUGCAGGAGGAGGCGAACGCAGCAAGGAGGUGGAGCCAGCUGACAUCGCCAAGGACCUGAGCAAGAUCAAGAGGCAGAACACGAUCACCCACCUCCUCCUCGGCGCCGUCAUCGUCCUGACCGCCGUGUGGCAGGUCAACGAGGUGUCGUUCCUCCUCUGGCUGCAGAGCAAGCUGAGCAACCCCUUCAAGUCCCUCGGGGACAUGGUCAAGGCCUCCCUCCUCAAGCUUAGAGGGAGGAGGCCGGUGCUCGAGUCGUCGCCGCUGCCGCUGGCCGGCGUCCCCGACGUCAGCCGGGCUGAUCUGCCGACGUUUGUCAUCGGCGGCACCGAGCACGUAGGUAAAUGAGCUAGCUGUGUGGUGAUCCGAGGAUUGAUUAAAAUGUCCAGCAUCUGUUUGUUGCGAAUAAUUUAUGAACUGGGAUUGAUUCUUGAAUUAUGAACUGACACACCAA